AUGAUUUCGAAGCUGGUUGAGUACAUCUACACCAAUGACUUCGAAGUCUUCAUCACUGGCCCAGAUGUGGUCGCUGCCAAAGUGCCAAACGGAGACAUGUCGGACGACGACGUAACAUUCAGCCAGGUCCUCCACGCCUUUCAGUCACUCAGCGACAGCGAGACCAUGGAACAAGUCACUCGGACAUUCACAAGAUUCAUCCGGCUUGUGGAUGCUUAUCUGAUUGCCGAUAAGUUUGGGCUCCCCAAGCUUCGGAGCAGGUCAAUGGACGGUCUGCGCGAGCACGACUUUCAGUCGUUCUACGUGCACACAGACUUUGCGACAGUGGUCGAGCGCGUACUUGAAAGCACGACUGCAGGCUGCGAGCUCAGACUGUUCACCGUCAAGACAUGUAUCAAUGUUUCGCAUAUGAUCGACGAGUCUAUACGCGAUCGAUGGAAUGUUGCAAAGAUUGUGACAAACCACGAGCCCAUGGCAUGGGCAGUUGGGUCCAGAGAACAUACAGUCAACAGCGCACAUUGUGUUGACGAUUGGGAAGUUCGGGGACGAAAGGCUUCUUCGUGA